AGUCUUAUUCGUGCAUUUGAAUCAUUCAGUCGUUUCUUCUUUUCAUUUACGUAUUUUUUUAUUUCUUGUGCAAUUAGUGAAAUUAUUUCAAACGUCGAAAAUAAGCAAUCGGAUAUUAGAUUCAGUUUUUCAGCAUGGCGUGGUACGAAAUUCCCAACACAAAUGCCAUGUCAAUUUAUUUCACGAUAGUCUUCGGUAUUUUCACAGUGAUUUUUGUCUUCCGAUUAUGGUUGAAAGCAACAUGUGGAAAGUUUACAUCAAAUGUUCGUAUGGACGGCAAAACAGUUUUAAUCACUGGAGGAAAUAGUGGAAUUGGCAAAGAAACCGCAAAAGACUUAGCCAAGCGUGGAGCUCGUGUUAUCAUGGCAUGUAGAACGAUGGACACCGCAAACAAAGCUCGUGAUGAAAUUAUUAAGGAAACGGGAAAUGAAAACGUUUUCGUACGAAAACUCGAUUUGAGUUCACAAAAGUCGGUUCGCGAAUUUGCAGCAGAGAUUCUCAAAUCAGAGAGAAAGAUUGACGUGUUGAUUCAUAAUGCCGGUUACGCAAACACGUUCCACAAAGCGAAAUCUGAGGAUGGAAUUGAAUAUACGAUGGCAACCAAUCACUACGGACCAUUUCUGUUGACACAUUUGUUGAUUGAUCUCUUGAAGAAGUCAACGCCAUGUCGUAUUGUGAUUGUUGCUUCUGAAUGUUACCGGAUGUCUAGAUUUCAUUUAGAAAAACAUUUGAAUCCAAUCGAUGUCAUGCCGGGCUACUUGUAUUACAUAUCAAAGAGUGCAAAUAUCAUGUUUGCUAUUGAGUUAGCAAAACGUUUGAAGGGAACUGAUAUCACUGUUAAUUUCCUCCAUCCCGGUAUGAUUGAUUCAGGCAUUUGGCGCAAUGUUCCAUUCCCAUUAAGCAUUGGCAUGUCGUUCAUGAAGAGUUUCUUCAAGACAACUGUUGAAGGUGCACAAACAACACUCAUGGUCGCAUGUUCUGAAGAACUUAACGGUGUCACUGGAAAAUAUUACUUGGAUUGUCAAGAACGUGAACUUCAACCUUACAUCACGGUUGCAGAAGAGCACAAACGCUUAUGGGAUGAGUCGGUGAAAAUUGUUAAACUCACAGCCGCUGAUCCAAAAAUCUAAAUUUCUUCAAAAACAUCAAUUAAAUUCCAUUUCUUUAAUGAUUUUUAUUUACAAAAGUUGUCUGGUUUUAAAAGUUAUUUAAUAUUCUGUUCUGCUUUUAAAGGUGAUUGAAUAUUGUUGAUAAUUUUUAAUCUUCGUGUAUCAUUUGAUCUGUAAAACAUAAUCGAAAAUUUCAUACUUAGCAUUGAUUUUUAACAAUUUGAUCUUUUGAAUGAUUAACUCAAUAAAGUAGAAGCUGAUUAAUUAGAGACAAAUUAAUAAUUUAUUAAGAAGAACUCUCAUUUGAGGUUGUCGCACAUGAAGUGAAAAUUUUAAACUGAUCUUAAAUUCGAAUGAAAUGUUAAAGCGACUAAGCUUUUAGGGAUCACAUCAAAGUUGCAAUAAAUCUACUUUUUACCUCAAAAGAAAAAAAAUCACACAAUUUCUGUAUAAAUCAAAAAAUUACUUUUAGCACCACUGCUUCUUAACC